UAAACCUACAAUUUUAUCCCUUUCUGUGUGUCAUACCUUAGUCAUGGCUUUAUCUCACUCUUUGGUUCCUUUGACCUUUUUCAUGAUGCUCCUCGUACAAGCCAUGUCAAAUGGCAUUGACUUAAAUUGGUACGAUGCUCAUGCAACCUUUUAUGGUGACGCCUCUGGUGCUGCAACCAUGCAGGGGGCUUGUGGUUAUGGUGAUCUCUUCAAACAAGGAUAUGGACUUGAGACCACAGCACUAAGCACUGCUCUAUUCAAUAAUGGAUUUACUUGUGGUGCAUGUUAUCAAAUAAUUUGUGUGAACGACCCUCAAUGGUGCAUAAAAGAUGCAGGUCCAAUCACAGUGACUGCAACAAAUUUUUGUCCUCCAAAUUACAACAAGCCAACUGAAAAUUGGUGUAAUCCCCCACUAAAACACUUUGACCUAAGUUAUAAAAUGUUUACCUCUAUUGCUUAUUACAAAGCUGGUAUCAUUCCUGUUAAGUAUAAACGUGUUCCAUGUGUAAAAAGUGGGGGUGUUAGGUUUGAACUCAAUGGAAAUCCUUAUUUUUUGAUUGUCUUGGUGUAUAAUGUUGCCAAUGCUGGUGAUGUUUCUCAUGUUAGUGUUAGAGGGUCGAAGACGACCGGUUGGAUUUCGAUGUCACACAAUUGGGGACAAAAUUGGGACACUAGAGUGAAAUUGUUAGGACAAAGCUUGUCAUUUCUUGUUACAACAAGUGAUGGAAAAAUGUUGGGUUUUCCUUUUGUUGUUCCUUCGAAUUGGCAAUUUGGUCAGACGUACGAGGGUAAGCAAAAUUUUUAAAUUUGUAUAAUUUUGUUGAGAAAUACAUCUAUUCACAAAAUAAGUAGAAAUAUCAUGUAAUAUCAAUUCUAGUGUUUU